AUGGAAAGGUACGGAAAACGGGAAGAAUGUAAAGUUUUGGAAAAUGAUUUAUUAGAUUCGAGUUGCUAGACAUCUUCUAGAAAUGAAGAAAUAACUUUCAGCCAAUUACAACUCGCCAGAGAGUACGACGAAAAGUUUGAUGCUUUCCAAAACGAGCUUAAACAAUGGGAGGAGACAACAGAACGAAAGUGAGUCAUAGUCAUCCUUCGAAGUUCCGUCAUCGAUGUAUUCCUUUUCAGAGAUUUUGUUGGCGCAUUGCGCAUUCUCGUGGAAACCGAAUUCCCCGAGCUGAAGAAAGAGCGGGAAGAUCGGGAGCGAUGGGAGCGCGCCGAACGAAUUCGCGGCGACGACGAGAAGCAGAUGGUGGCGCGGAAGCAUCAGGAGGAGAAGGUGCGCAAAGGCGUGGCAACAUUGCCCCGACUGCUCACCGAGCAAGAACGCAAGCUCGACGAGUGGGUCGAGCCGACCGACCGAAUUGUGCACGAUAUGAAGCACGCGCACCGCAAGUCCAUCCUCGACCGUCUCAACGAAUGGACGCCAGAAGAGCGGGCUCUUUUCAAGAGCCGAGCCGUCGAGCACGUGAAAAUCUUCCACGGACUCACACAGUUUUUCGUCAACAAAUCGCCGUCCGACCUCGUGCUCUUCUACUACAUGAACAAGAAGACAGAGGACUACAAGAAGGAUUUCAAGCAGCGCAAACGGUCCACAAAAUACAAAGUGGCGCCGUUCCCCGGAAACGAGGAGUUGGCCUUCUUUCGAAUGAUGCCGGCUCUCGACUAUUCUGCGUAUCCAAAGAAUUCACUGACGUGCUUCUUCUGUUGUCAGACUGUGAACGGCGUGGAUUUGGACGGAACCCUUUUGCCGAAGGAGGCCUACGAGACAUUUGGUAGGCUUUUUCGAUAGAUUACAGAAGAGUUUCGACCCGAAACGUUCGAAAAGUGGGUCCCUCAGUCCGUUCGCCGCCGAAAAAGGGAACAAUUAUCGGGAGGCUGUCGCGAAAGAAACGUAUAAUUUAUAUUUUUUGGAGCCGGACGGACACGAAAAUUUGUAGCUUUGUACGAAUAAAAUGGGAGCUCCGAGGGGUACGGUAGUCAAAAUGAGUUGCAGAUCUUUGGGAUUACUAUAUCAGGAUUACUAUACGUUCCCUUAAUUUCAGCCAUCUCACCAGACGAGGAUCGUGUCGUCUGCUGUCGUUGCAGAGAAGAAGCCGCCAAAUUGUACAAGGACAAGUGAGCACACCUCUCCUGGACUCUGCAAAUCUUACUCUUUACCCUUUUCAGUCGCUGCUUCGGCAACAGAUGCUCGAAUCAGAAGCGCCGAGUUCGCGGAUCUCGCACAAUUCCGGCCGAGUUCAACGAGCUGCCGGUGCGCACUCGCGCGUACCUCAUGGAUAAACUCAGUUCGACGCGCGUGGCAAUCAAAUUCUGCACCUCGUGCCGCAACCAACUUGCCCGAUGGAUUAGCGAUGUGAGUGUCUCGGCGAGCUCACAAAUGUGUGCAAAAAGAGCUCCACUCUCUCUCACUGCCGCAUCGUAAAGCUCAUAAUUGAGAGCGCAAAGCAAUUAUUCCGAAAGAGAAUAUCCUUCUUUUCUUCACGAGAACGACUAUCAAAUGUGGGCUCGUAAACGUACAGUAUCUCUCUCUCUCUCUUUUUGUCGUGUCGAGCUCAUAAAAGUGAAUGAGAUUUGGCUAUAAAAAUUGUGAAGAAGUGACGCUUCUUCUCAGAAAAAACACCGAAAAGAACUGGUGUCAGACAAAGUGCGUUUGGACAGAUGUCUGUCCUAUUUGAGCUCUCGAGCAGAACAUCAUUUGAAUCGGAUUCAAAUGGCUCCGGUCUUCUUUAGAUUCAUCUCUCAUCCUUUUGGCCGCGUUUCUGACAAAGCGGAUUGGGCUUGAGAAAUUGGGGCAAUUCGGAUGGAAAACGAAACAGAAAAAACUUGAACAUUUUACAGAUACACAGCAAAGAUGAGACGAUGAUCUCGGAGCUCACGAACUACGAGGGACAGGUCGGAUGGAAUGAGAUGGAGAAGACGAAGCUUGUCACGCUGAUCAACGCGUCGGCCACGCUAGACUGGAACGUCAUCUCGGCGGGAAUGAACCGGCGGCCGAACGAGUGCAAAAUGCAGUACGAUGCGCUGAACGGAGUGAAAGCGCAGCCGCUCAUCGAAGAAAUCGACGAUGAUGUGGACGGCGGACAGGACGAGCUCGCAGAUCCGUCCACUCCGCAACCGACGCCCACUCCAACAACCAGAAGAAGCGGACUGACGAGGAACGCCAAGAAAACGUUAGUUUCAACGUGAAUUCCACGUUCUCUAUAUCCAUUUUCAGUCCCAAAACGCCGAGAGUUCCGCGAGCAAGCAACAGACGCAGCGGCGCGGUCACACGAGCACAAGCCGUUCCGAAACCGGUCGAAGAGCUCGGAGAAGAGAUAGACGAGAUGGAACUGGAGGACAACGACGAAGAGGCAAGCAACGGAACCAACGAAAAGGGCUCGAAGGCGCCGAGCAUCAGCGACGGAUCGCCGCCCGGAGACUCUCCCGAAGGCGAGAACGACGGAGAUGAGGACGAGGAUGAGGGGCACAGGGACAACGAUUCGCCGGUGAAGACGUUGAUCGAGAAACCACAGUUGUUGUCGCCAAAAAUCACGUCUGGAGCACUUAUUCCACCCGAUUUUUCGUCGAAUAGAGUUCAGGUAAUUAGGGACUGUGUUACACUAAACAUUUGAAAUUUAAUUUGUAGAAACCCUCCACGUCGCAACCGCGGGCGGAACCCAUGGAUACACGCAACAACGACGAAGAGCUCGACGACGAAGAGGACGAUGUCGUGGAAAUUGAUGACGAGCCGCCAGUGAAGAGGCCGACUCCCGUCACGUCGCUCCUUCACUCUGCCUAUUCUUCAUCUCAAGACGAACAUCACGCCGGAGCCGUGGAAGGGCGUGGCCUGCUUCUUCAGCAAGGACAGCAGUCUCAGCCGUCCGCGCCUCCUCCGCCACAACAGUCGUUGUUGGCCACCGCUGCCGCCGCCGCUGCGGUUGUUUCCUCUGCCGCUACUGGCGCCCUCCCAACCAGAGACGCCGCCCUUUCGCCCUCUGUGCACUCUCAACAGCAGCCAACCGAGGCAGUACAGCCGCCGGUUAUCGUUCUUUCCGGCUCCAACACGCCCGUCGUCGUCGCCUCGCCGGUCCCGAUUGCCCAACCAGUUCCACAGCAGCUGCUGGCUCCACAGCCAGUCUCGACUCCUGCGCAGAUUGUGACACCCACUCCGCUCCGUCCGACGAACACUUCCACGCCAACAACUUCGCAAGUGAACAUGGAUCCGUUAGCACUGCUGCUGCAACGCCAACAGCAAAUCCAAAUGGCACAGGCACAGCCUCAGCAACUACUUAUGCAAUUAGCCCUUAUGAAUCAAAUGCAUCUGGCACAAGCUGCACCGGGAUCUCUGACCGCAGGCACUCCGGCGUUCCAACAGCCGAAACCGCAAGAAUUGGAGAACUUGGCAAAGUUGAUCGCGAGUGCAAACUCGAAUCCGGCGGCACAACAAGGUACUGUUCUCUCUUUCGAAAUCGAUAUUUUCGUAUUUCUCGCACAAAGCUUUCUCUUUUUUCUCUUUAAAAAAUUCUCCAAAUGCACUUUGCAUUCCGAUUGCAUGACGAUCUGACGCCGACCGACCGUUCUGUUUACACCCCCCAAGAAAGAGAGAAAAGAAAGAGAUAGAAAAAAGAGACACAAAAAAUUGUUGCAUUUGUUUUCAAAUGUUUCUUUCUCUUUGCUCACCGGGGACGACGAAUUGAUAAACUUUGGCUUUCUUACAGACUUCCUGAACAUCCUGAAGACACCCGUGCAUAAUACCAAUGCAAUGUACGCUCUCGCUCAGGCUCAACAAUUGCAGCAGCAGCAGCAGUUAGUGCAUCAAUUUCAACAACAUCAGCAGCAGCAGCAGCAACAACUUCAGCAGCAGCAACAGGCUCAAGCACAAGUCGCUCAGGCCGCACAAGCAAAGGCACAUGCUCAAGCUCAGGCUCAUGCCCAAGCUCAAUCAAUUGCUCAUAAGAAAGCCAUGCAUCAGUUCCAGUUCCAGCAACAACAUGCCCAGGCGGUCCCGUCCAACAUGGCCUCUCCAAUUGGAAUCAGCACUACCUAUCAGAAGUCACUGACUCCGUCCGAGCCAUCCACAAGCUCCACUCCCCCCGCGCACCGCCCACGCGCCGCCACAACAACUGCGGCGGCACAUCCGUCGUCGAUGCCGCGGAACGCUGUGCAGGAAGCGGACUACCGACGUUGCCGAGACGAGUUUCUCAGAAACUUGGCCAUCCUCACGCAGAACAAAAGAGAGGAACAGAAGAUGAUAAAAGAUCUCUCGGAUUUCAAAACGAUCCAGAUGAGGCUGUGCUCGCAUCCCGAACUGGACGCCAUUUAUAAUCAGCGGAACGCAGAUCUGGCUGCGUUCCAAGGGAAGACCCAUGAAAUCAACAAGGAAGCAACGAAAGUCAUCGAGCGGAUUCUGCAAAUGUGGCCGGAUCUCGUCAAGACUGCUGAGAUUGAUGAGGUGAGCUCUGACGGUGACAGUUAUAGCUUUGACGUUUACCAUUUCAGGAAAACCGAAAUACGCUUCGCGUUCUCUUAGAGGAGGCCAAUAAAGAACUCUCCAAACAACAGCAACAGAAGCAGCAGCAGACGAAUCAGUACCAAUCACUGAUGCGGCAACAAGCCAUCAUUGGAAUCCGUCACCCACAGCAACAGGUAAGAGUCAGUUCGUGCAAACAGUUUUGCAUGCUCAAAGUGAUGUACACACCAAUUCCGCCGAUUUCCCUCCCCGCGGAACCCCUUUGUUUCUUUGCAGUUCCCGACACAAGCACCCCAACAGCAUCUCCAGCAGCAGACUCAGACUCAGAAGCGGAAGCUCGGCCCACAGAGCAACAUCAAGAGAAACGUGACGCCGUCGCAGGCAUCUCCCUCUUCAAACACACCGAUUGUCAUAGGAAAUCAUCCGUAUCAGCAACAGCUUCAACAACAACACCAGCAGAGGGUUCGUACUUAGUCAUCCGAGCAUGGCGUGCAAUAGAAAGCCCCCCUGUGUGAUAGUAUUGAUUGAUCCGAAGUGUCUCUUCAUAAUCUUCCCCUUUAUUUCAGAACGAAAUCCUUCAACACUAUCAAAACAGCAUGAUGCAGCAACAGAUUGCUUUACAUUUGGCAGGACAGCAGCACGCUGCAGUGGCUGCUGCUCAAACCCAACAGCAGCAGCAGCAGCAGCAAGAGCCCAAGUCGAAGAGAAAGUCUGGAAUCGAGAGCAUCACGAGUAUGCAGGUCGCUCCGCAGCGCCAUAUGCAGUUGAAUGCUCCUCGGAUGCAGGCGGCUCGCGGCGGUAGUCCUGCUCUCCCGAGGGUUCCCGGCAUUUCGGCAGUCCAGCCCGUUGCACCAACGGUAAGUGAAAGCCACGUCAGCUGCCCGUAUUCUGCUCAUUUCAGAAGGCGUCUGCACGAAGUAUCACUGCCGGAACGUCUGGAACCAUGCAGGAGUCGAGCGCGAAAACAUCAAAAGUACGUUUUUUUGUCUGAAAUGCGAUGAUGAUUCACACGGCGUCUUGUUUGUUUUUGUGCCGACGUGUGCACAUGUCCUUUCUUUUUCCUCUUUCUUCUGACGCCACCGCGUCAACCUUUUGUAUUCCUUUCCCCCGAUUGCUAAAAGUACAGUAUCUGAAUAGCCUCAAACCUUUCUUUUCAGGAUCUCGAAGAGAUGGGUGUGAUUCGAGACGGCAAGCAGUUGCUUCAAACCAAAACGACCGUACCGAGCAGCAGCAUCUCUCAGACGGUCUCGCCGGCCAACACGAACAGCUCUGACGAAGUGCAGGUGCUUUGUGAGAUCCCUGGCAAAAACAAUCCACCGGCCUCCCGACGUCUGCUAGCGACCGAUGAGCCGAGAACGGAUUGCGGACGUCAGCUGCAGCGAAACCUUUCGCAGCCGAUGAAGCUGUUCUCAGAGAAGGCGAGGACGAUUGAAGAGAAGAUGGACUGUCUGGCGGUUCUGAUGCAGGCGGAAAUGUCGUUGCCGGCCGGAAGUCGUCCGAUCAACGAGAUAGUGCACACGCUCGAGAACGGCAUGCUUGGGACGGGCGCAACAUGUUCGUAUUCGGACAUCUACGCCGAAGUGCUUCGUAGGCAAGCCGAGCACUGGCUGAAGUUUUAUGAAGAUGCGGUGCAACGAACUGAGAACCAUAGGGCGCAUCUGGCAACAAAUAGCAACAAUGUGGAUCCGAAAGUGCAGGAAAAUAUUAGUGCGUGGCUGAAAGAAGCCAAGGAGAACAUUGCUACUUUGAAAAAGGAGCUGCUGAAGAAGAAUGAGCCAGAAAAGCAGAAACAGCCUCUCUUAGAAAAGCAGAAACAGCCUCCUCAACCUCUAGAAUUUGACAAAUCCACACUUUUGUCCACGCCUACAAACCCUCAUUCUGGAAGUAGCGGAUCCGGAAACCCUCCGCCAGUCUUCCGCCCGAUUGCGACGACUGAGAAUCCGUUCUUGUUCCACCGUCCUUUGACCACUUCCGCUGGCCCGGUCCCCUCCACUUCGGCCGUCGGACACUCAUUUUCCCAGUCCAAUCCCAUCCAACCUCAGCUUGUCCAUCAGCCGGUCACCGUGGCCUCUGCGCCGCCGCCGUCGGUCCCCACUCCGCAAAUGCAACAAUCUCCGUCGAUCGGAGUGCAGACGGCGCCGCAGACUCCGCAGACCGGCCAGCUGCCGGGAAAUCCGUCGUCGAUCCACUCGGGCGCCACGGAUGUCUCUUCGGACGAGGACGAGAACGGCAAGAAAGAGUCGCUGCACCUGCCGCGAAAUUACUAUCCACCCGCCAAAGGUGAGAAGAGAAUUGGAAGAGAAAACUGGAAAAAUGUGCAUAUUUUCAGACGCUGUCAACGUGUUCAAAUCGGUGAUCGAUUGGCGUGCCGACGGCGCGCUGGUCACGACUCCCGCCGAAGCGAGGUACACGGACUACAUUGUAAUCGGAGAGAACGGCAUCAAAUCGGCAAAGGAGUUUGCCGGAGGACCGUGCAAGAAUCUAAUUUACGAGGAUCUGUCGGACGAUGAUGGUCUCUAA